UCGGCUACGUUUUGCUUCCAGUAGUAUUUUUUAUAAAAUAUCUCUUUUUCCAUUAAUCGUAGUAAAAUUUUGCGAAAACAUCUUAAAACAUCUCAUAUCUAUUCAUCUGGAGUUAUUAAAUUGAUAAAUGAUUGUGUUAAGAAUUAACAGCAGCUGAGCCAGUGUCAGACGUCAGUGAGUGUGAAGUAAUAGCUUUGGAAAUAAUCAUGGAAUAUCUUAGCAAACGGCAUUAUUUUAGAAAAUGUGAAUGCAUUUAAAAUCGCCACUAGCCUGAAACUUACUACGAGAAGUAAAUGUAACGAAAAAUUACAAAAAGGACUACAAGCUGCUAGAGAAUCAAAAUGAUUGAAUUAGGUGAUGCAACAAGCAAUUUAAGCCAUCAAAUCUUACAACGCGAGUCAAAUUUAAAGCCUAAUAGGUACUCAGGAUCAUUUGCAUCUCGGUUAUACAGAGAGCGUUUAAGAGUCGCUAAAAACUUAUACAAGACAGAUUUAAAAGGACAUUUUGGCUGUGUCAAUGCCAUUGAAUUUUCCCAUGGCGGUCAGUUUUUGGCAUCAGGUGGAGACGAUAAACGAGUAUUAGUAUGGGAUAUAGAAAAAUCAAUAGCCGGAACUUCGCCUCCUCGAUCAUUAGCUACCGAACAAUCGAGCAAUAUAUUUUGUUUGGGUUUUGACAGUCAAAAUCGCAAAUUAAUUUCAGGUGGAAAUGAUGCUUUGGCCAUUUCUCAUGAUUUUGAAACUGGUAAAUUGGAUAACGUUUUUAAACAUGAUGAACCAGUUUACGGUCUCUCUAUUGACCCUCAAAACGAUAGUAUUUUUGCGACUGCAUCAGAAAAUGGAGUUAUUUUAUUGUUUGACCAACGCACUGAUCCAGCCGACCCCUUGGUGGUGGCCUCAUUGCCGUCCUCUUUUCAUGCUGUGGAAUUUCAUCCCACUAUGAGCCAUCUCAUGGUUACAGCAAACUCGAAACGAGGAGCAGCUUUAUAUGACACACGCAAACCGAAAGAGCCUGUCAUACAGUAUGGAAAUGUUCAAAAUCUUCGUAGUUGUAUGAGUGUUCGUUUCAAUCGAACUGGAAAUCUGAUAUUGGGCCUACGUCGGCGCUUAACUCCUAUACUGUACAGUGUCAAUUCUCCGCAAAGAAUUUGUACGUUCUAUCAUGGCAAUUAUUAUAAUUCAUGUACCAUGAAAAGCUGCACCUUUGCUGGGGAAGACGAUGAGCUAGUAAUAUCAGGUUCGGAUGAUUUCAAUCUUUAUGUUUGGCGUUUAUCGGACAUUGACUUCGAAUACACCGAGCAAUGGGUUGAAACCACCCAAAUGGUGCUCUAUGGACAUCGCUCAAUUGUGAAUCAAGUUCGUUAUAAUCGACAAAAAUGUUUACUGGCUUCCUCGGGAGUAGAAAAAAUUGUAAAGAUUUGGAGUCCAUUUUCUCAAAACAAUUGGUCAGGUUCCUUAGUGGAGGAGUCGACGUGUUCGGAUAAUCCCCGUGAAUUAUACUCACCAUACAAUUUAUUUACAGUGGCUCUGCCGGAAAAUUGGCACCACUUAUCUCAUGACUAUAGCAGUGAAAAUACAAAUGAAGAUCCCCGCAUGAUGGCGUUUUUUGAUUCGCUAAUACAACAGGAGAUUGAAGGAUGGGACACCAACAGCAGUUCAUCCGAUGCUGAAGGAGAACGCAGCAUUACUUCCGUAGUACGCACUAGUUGUGAAAGCAGUUCAAGUAGUAGCAGUAGUAGUACCAGUAGCAGCAGCUCUAGUUCCAGCUCAUCCAGCUACAGCUCAUCAAGUUCCAGUUCAUCGAGCAGCUCUUCUGACAGCGACAGUGAUAAUGAAAACAAUGCUUCUGCAGGCAAAAUAAAGCGACCACGCUAUGCACUUAAACGCCAGUCGUUAGGAAAAAGAAAAGAUUCAAAAACUCUCAAUAAUCUUAAUAGGAAAACCGUUAAAAAGCCCAAAAAGCCUAAAACUAAAUUAAAUCCGACACAGAAACCAGCAAAUCAAAUAGCAUAUUUAAUAUCUAAGAAACGUAACACCUUAAGACGUUUGGCAAUAAAAGGGGCAAAACUUGAUGGUCGCAAUUCCCAAAAGUUGGUUGUUGUGGUCAAUGGCCGUAAGAAUAGACGUCCAUCUAAUUCUUUAACACUAAACCAUAGUCGUCUUCCCAAUAAUCGGCAGUCCGACCAUGAUAUUCAUAAUUUACACAAAGGUAACGACAGCAGUUGCAAUAACAAUGAGAAACCUACGACUUCAAAAGCAGCUGCUGCAGCAUUAGCAGCUUCUACAAGCAACCGUAAAGUUCAAACAAAAAAAUCUCCGUUAAAAAACAAUUUAGUGGACUGCUCAUCAGGCGAAGAUUCUGGCAAUUUUGCAUUUAGCAGUUCUAGUCAUUCGAAUGUCGAAAACUCACCUCCAUCAACUUCCCACAACGCUAACAUGCCCAGCACUAGUACAGGAAUCACAUCAAAUUUCCGAGAUGCCUUUCUACGACUAAGUCGCCAAAUUUUCAUGUCCGAUUCUGAAGACGAUUCAGACGGCAACAAUGACCAACAACAGAAUGGCAAAAGUACGGAAACAUCCACAAAUAAUGAAGAAAGCAAGCGAAAAAUCAAUGGUGCCAAUAAAAUAACAACGGAAGAAGAUAUCGAAGAAGAGGAAGACGACAACCAAGUGGAAAACAACAAUACUUGUACAACUAGCCACGAUAUACAUCGUUAUCCAAAACAACGACAUGUACUGAGACGUAACAGUCAAAAGCCUAAAACUUCGGCGGCAUUAAAUGUGAUCAAUGCAAGUGAAACGAUGCUACCUCAAUCAAUCUCUCCAACUAAUGAAUACUUAAGCCAACCCGAUUUACACAUAGAAAAUGAUCCAAACAGCACAGAUGGUGCGGGUAAUGACAGCGAAAGCACCAUCAGCACCUAUGAUCUGCAACAAAGUCUUUCCAGCAGCACCACCAAAAGUUCCAAGAAGAGGCAUUGUGAAAAUGAUGAUGGUAAAAUAACAGAAGAUGAGCAAAUAAUUCAUUCUAGACAUCGCAUCGCUAGCUUGGCAGCGUGCGAUGACCAGACUUCAUCAUCAUCAUCAACAUCAUCCAUGUCUAUGGCGUCGAGACCACCUCCGUCAUAUAAGCUUGAGUUGAAACAAAACCUGCCAGGAAACACCUCGGCCUCACCCCUUUCAUCUCCUUUGAAGAAACGAAAACUAUCGCUAAAUGACUACAUCCAAGUACGUCGUAGUAGCAAUGAUAUGGCCGAACUGGAGGAAAACAAUAAUGAGACCAAUAAUAAUGAUAUUUUCAAUGUAGAGGGUAGCAUCUUGAGUGGAUCUGUGGAUGAUGAGGUUGGCAGCAGUCAGACAACACCACAAAGGUCGAGUCAAAAUGGCAGCAACAAUAUUUCAAUGUUUCUCAAUAACUCGUAUCUCUUUACACCGGACAGUGGUGUUAGCCUAAAUAAUUCACUUACCACACCCGGCACCACAGAUCACAGCGAUGUAAUGUAUGCGGCGUCAACUUCUCAAUAUGCGGCCCGUUUUGUUCCUGCUCAUCGUUUGUCGCCCUGUCUUGAGGACGACGACGACGAUGAUGAUGUUGUUGACAACGACAAUGGAUGUGAUAAUGCUAAUAAUGUUGGAAACGGCAAUGCCGCAGUAGAUGAAGAUGAAGGAGUUGUCGUGCUUAAUAGUCGCAGAUGUCAGCAGAAAUUGGCGCGAUAUGAGCAAAAAUUGGCAAGGGUACGUCGCAAUUAUCGCAAACAAUUUGUGGACGAUACAGAAAGCGAAUAAGACCCCUCUAUGGCUUUUCAUUCUCCCACAGAGAACAUCUGAAAACUCCCACAUCAUAGUUCGCUACACACCCAACACUUGCACUUAUACAUACAUACAUGCGUACACGCAUAUAGGAGACCUAAACAAAACAAGACUUACAAACAUACAAACAACAUGCAUACACAUACAAACAAGAAUAAGUAGUAACGCAUUUAGUUCGGCCGAGCCGAUCUUUGGAUACCCACCACUCACGGACGCAUUAGAAACACAGUAUAUUCCCGCUGACUGGCAUUUUAACAGUUAUCCUUUCAAUUUUACCUACCUUGCAGCUUUAAAUGUAAAGGUAUGGCAACUAUGUUAUAUAUUACAACAACUAAUCGGGUACAAAAUAACGGGUGAUUGAUCGGUAUGAAAUUAUUUUCAAAUGUGGUACGAAUUGGAAUGUACUUGUGACAUUGGGUAUCGCGGGUCUUAAUACAGUUCACUGCUCUAAGUUUUGAAUUGGCCGGAAUCAAUAUUCACAUUAUCUGAACAUUCUACGAUUAACAAAGUCUAUGAACUCCUUGUGAAACAGUUUAAUACAACUCACUAUUCUAAAAUUGCAAGGAAAAGGGGUAAAAAAAGAUGCCUUAAAGCUAAAUUUCGACCUAUAACCUAACCUAAAUUUCUAUAGACAUCUAAAACAAAUGUAGUCAAAUUUUAACUGCACUUAGCACUAGAGGUGCGCACGAGUGUAGUCGUGUUACUCAUGAGUCGCGUGAUUCGUGAGUGAGAUCCAAAUCUAAUCACGUGAUCGUGCGUGGGUUUGAUUGAAUUAAAUUUCUUUGUGAGUUAUCGUGAAUCACGACUCACAGCGCUAAUCACGACUCACGAGAAAAUCACGAAACACGAGUUAUUACGACGCAUAAGAAAAUCACGACUUAGGGUUGGUGUUUUAUUCUGCUUUCGGAAAAUUCGCUAAAACUUUUAAUUAAUCAAAUGUUUUUAUUUCCAUACCAAAACACGUUUUUUAACUUCACUUAUUGUUUUCUAUAUUAAAUUUAUUUUAUUUUUCGAAAAUAAAUAAAAUAAAGCUAACCAUUAAGGCGUAUUUAUCAGAUGGCCGCAUCUACCCCGCUGAGAGAAUUUGAUAUGUCAAUUAAUUUUUGAAUUCGCCGUAAAAUAAUAUAAACUUCAAAAUAAAGAAAGAUUUAAAAAGCGCAGAAGAACACUGAUAAAAUUUACGUCAGUACAAUGCCAGACAUUAAAUUGAAGAAGAUUUGGAGCCAACAUGUAUGACAAAACGGCCAGGUGGUCUGGUGAAGCUCCCUUAAAGCUAUAGUAGUCAAGAAUGUCGGAAAGACUAUUGCAUGAAGAUAAUUUAGGCAGGAAAAAACGUGUUUGUGUAGCCAUUAUCCUGCAUCUACUCUCGCAAUUUCAGGGAAAUCCCAUCUUCCACUCAAAUGAAGCUUAAAUCCGGCAUGGCGGCAGCUCCAUAAUAUAUAGAGGAAAGGUCCCCUGAACAUACCAAGUUACAUAGUAUUUUGGCAGCAUACUAUAUGCACUCUGAACGGCCACCCACCAUGAUGACAACGUCAUGCUCGUAGCACUCAAAUCAAGCUUAAAUCCACCAUGUGACCAGCGCAAGGUCAAAGUCCUAAAAUUGCAAUGGCUUUCAGGACAUUCAGUAGUAAGAGCGGCAGUUCCAUAAUAUAUAGAGGAGGGGUCCCCUGAACAUACCAUGUUACACAGUAUUUUGGCAGCAUACUAUAUGCACUCUGAAGGGCCACGCACCAUGAUGACAACGUCAUGCUCGACAACAUCAUGCUCGUAAAGCUCGUUCCGGUCCAAAGCCGCCAAUAACUCGCCGCGUCAUAUCGAGCAUCAUAGGCACUCAGUAUUUGCGCCAGAGUCGGUGCCGCCCGGCCUCUCUGAGACUCUCCGCUCGAUACCGCUGAUUGUCCGCGACUGCCGUUGCAGAUACUCCGUAUACAGCAUUUCACUAUUCGCAACCUGUAGACGCGCCCGGUAGCGCGCAGCUAAGUUUUAUGUGACAGCAAUGAACACCACACGGAUCGGUACAGCCAGUUUUGUGGGUAAAGCCUCUGGAGCUUAUUGGAAUUUUGAACAUUUUUAAAUGUGUUUUCUUGCUUGACACUCGAAAAUUAAUAAACUUCUUUCUGCUUGCUCUGAUUGGUCGAAUCAAAUUUGGCGAAAAUUUUAAAUGUCAGGGCGAAUCGAAUUUUCUUCGCCCUGUUUACAAAUUUAGACAUAUCAAGUUCCCAAAAAAGAUGCUUUGUUGUAGCAAUUCGCCGAUGCGGCCACCUUAUUAAAUACGUCUUGCUUACCAUUUAGAACAAUAAAACAAACAAUUAUGCCGACAAUAAUUGCCAUAAUGGUUUCAAGGGUGCUAUAAUUUUGUAUGCCAUUUUCCUCACUAUAACCAGAGUACUUUUUCGCCUAUUUUUCUCCUGCUUUACGCCGAUGUUUGAAAAAAAAUGAUUCGCUUCAUGGAAAAGUAUUAUUUUAGCCGUGAUUCGCAAUUUGUUUAUGAGUCGUGAUUUUUUCGUGAGUCGUGCAUUAGCGUGCGUGAGUAUGAGUGAACGUGAGUCGACAUAUAAAAGUGGUGUGCAUCGUGCGUGAAUAGUUUUUUUGUCCCGUGAGCGUGAGUGAAAAAUCAUUUACGUGCACAUCUCUACUUUGCACGAAUCUCAAAGUGUUUAAUGUUCCAAAGCUCCCGGUCUUUAUGGCAGAUCCAAUAUGGUCAGAUUUAGCUCGUAUUUGGUCGAGGGGUGUAAAACCACACUUUUAGAAAAACAGGUCGACUAAAGUUGUCAAUUUCAGUUGUUCAAAUUUGUAGGUUACAAAAUUAUCUGUGCUCAAUAUUACCACGAUUACAACAGCCAGACGAACUGACAUGGAUAUACUUUAAUCGAUCGGAAAUUUGUUACAAACGGAAUAACACCGUUUUUCGGUGGUGGGUAUAAAAAGUAUUAGGAAUAUCUUCGAAGUGAUGUGAAUUCUUGGAAUUCUUUACAAAUGUUUUCAAGGUUAUAAAUCACGGAAAAGUUUUUCAACAAAAAUUUUAAAAUCGAAAUUGCAGACAAUUAUUACAAAUCAUCAUCACAUCGUUGAUAUUUCUAUUAGUUGUUACACACUGAAUUACUUUUACAACUUUAUUUUACUUUGAUAAGAAAUGUCGUGUCCUACUACAGAGUUAGAGUUAAGCCCUCAGGCAGUUGCAGCAGCAAUUGAGUUGGCAGUGCAAUUUUCGGUGAGAUUUUGUAAUUGCAGUGAAAUAACACUCCUCGAUUGCCGUUACAACAGCAACAUUUAACGAUUAAAGUUUAAAACAAAUACCAUGAUAACCAUUUUUCUGUGAAUAUUUCAAAAAUUCAAAAAAUAUACAAUAUGCCUAAAAAUACACAAUUCAUACAUUUAUACCUAAGUAAAUCAUUGAUGUAAUAAAUUAUUCUUAAUUCUUCAUGGAAAAAAAAUAAUUUUAAAAAAUAAUAAAUAAAAUGCAUUUGAAAACGUA